UAAUAUUCCACCGCAGAAGGUUUUAAGAGAUUAAAAUCGGUGAGUGUAAUGGGCAUAUAAACUUUAGUUAGUAAUGUAAUCCUUUCAAACCUUUGCAAGACCGUAGUUGUUAUCUCUCGUCACCAGAUGAAGUAGCAUCCAAGGUUAAUUUUUUUGUCCAAGGCUACACAGCUAGUAACUGCCAGGAAGGAAGACCAGUUCCUUUGGCUGCAAAUCCAACACGGUCUCCACAUUCCACCUUGCUGACCAACCAUCUGUGACUAAUUGCAUGUUUUCGUUCUUGGUUGAAGUCCACUUCGUCAAGGUCUUUGUCCUGUGAUCCUGACCCGGUUUGGUUUUCCAGUUUUCCCUUGUGAUUUGUUCUGAUGCUGGACUCUGUGGUCUUCUGUUGGCCUAAAUCAGAGAAGUCUGUGGGUGAUGAAGGUGGAACCUGUCCACAUAGCCUGGUCUGCUGAAAAGCAGUUUCCGGCUGAUCUUACACGUAGGGAAGCCGCUGAAGCAAUGAUGGUGCUAGCUCUGGGAGAAGAAACUGUGCAGCCUCAGAAGUCUCUGUGCUUCUCUGGAACUCAUUUGUCAAAGAAGUUUAUAAAAACUAGAAUAUUUGUUUUAGUGCUAACGCAUCUUAAUGACGUCACACUUUCCAUGACUGUUGCUUUUCUCAUCAGGAACAGAUAAACUCACUGUGAAAAGGCCACACGGUGCAGCACUCAAGCUUCUAAUUGUUUCCAGGAACCAAGGUUGCUAAGAAACCACCUGUGCUGAAUGCACUGUACUCUAGCAAGAGCAAACAGAAAAGCAAGGAACAGUGUCGUGCACUGCUACCUGGAACUAAUUCAGGUUCAGUGACAUUUCGAUUUUUUGAGUGAAAAUAGCAGGGAACAGGAAUAUUGUGGAUAUGACUGGUAAAAACUGGAUAUUAAUUUCUACUUCUACCCCCAAAAAUCUAGAAGAUGAAUUUGUGGGACAACUUCUGAAAAUCUUAUUUGUAAUCUUUGUUGACUUAAUGUCUAUUAUGUAUGUUGUUAUAACUUCUUAAGAAGUUGACUACCUUUAUAUGUAAAUUACAAAUUGAAUUUCCAUAAAUAAAAAUUUUUAUUUUAAG